UUCUCUUACCCUUUUAUUCUUCUUCUUUCGCUUUUGCUUUUUUCGUAUCUCUCCCUCUUUCAUUCCCAUUCUCAUUCUCAUUCUCCGCCUUUCUCUUUUACCAAUCGCGAAAAAUCUCUGAAAUCGCAUCUUUGAUUUUUUUUUGUUUUCUUGGGUCUUUGUUUCUUAAUUUUCAUCGGUGUGUCUAUGUAUCCAUGAACUGAAGUUGAAUUAUUUAGGGGAGAUUUUGCUUUUUUUUUUUCUUUUUGUUUGUUUUCUGGGUUUGUGUUGUGGAAAUUAGGGUUUUUGUUUAGAUUUCGUUGCGAGUAAAAAAAAAAUGGACAAGUACGAGCUUGUUAAAGACAUCGGUGCUGGGAAUUUUGGAGUGGCUAGGCUCAUGAGAGUCAAAAACUCCAAAGAACUCGUUGCUAUGAAGUACAUCGAGCGUGGCAAUAAGAUUGAUGAGAACGUGGCGAGAGAGAUUAUUAAUCAUAGAUCACUUCGUCAUCCUAAUAUAAUCCGGUUUAAAGAGGUGGUUUUGACACCAACGCAUAUCGCCAUUGCUAUGGAAUAUGCUGCUGGCGGUGAGUUAUUUGAGCGUAUAUGUAGCGCUGGAAGAUUCAGUGAGGAUGAGGCAAGAUACUUUUUCCAGCAGCUUAUAUCUGGAGUCAGCUAUUGCCACGCUAUGCAAAUAUGCCACAGAGAUCUGAAGCUUGAAAAUACCCUCUUGGAUGGAAGUCCUGCUCCACGUCUGAAGAUCUGUGAUUUUGGUUAUUCCAAGUCCUCGCUGUUGCACUCUAGGCCCAAAUCAACUGUUGGAACUCCUGCAUAUAUUGCACCUGAGGUUCUUUCUCGCAGAGAGUAUGAUGGCAAGAUGGCUGAUGUAUGGUCUUGUGGUGUGACUCUUUAUGUGAUGCUGGUGGGAGCAUACCCAUUUGAAGACCAACAGGAUCCUAAGAACUUCAAAAAAACGAUACAAAGAAUAAUGGCUGUCCAGUACAAGAUCCCUGACUAUGUCCACAUCUCACAAGAUUGCAAGCAUCUCCUCUCCCGAAUAUUUGUUGCCAACUCAAUCAAGAGGAUUACCAUAGCUGAAAUCAAGAAACACCCAUGGUUCCUAAAGAACCUGCCAAGGGAACUUACAGAGACAGCGCAAGCUGCAUACUUCAGGAAAGAAAACCCGACAUUCUCUCUCCAGAGUGUCGAAGAGAUUAUGAAGAUUGUUGAAGAGGCGAAAACUCCUGCUCCGGUUUCUCGAUCCAUAGGAGCAUUUGGGUGGGGAGGAGUAGAAGAUGCUGAGGAAAAGGAGGAAGAUGCAGAGGAGGAAGAGGUUGAGGAAGUAGAGGAAGAAGAAGAAGAAGACGAUGAAGAUGAGUAUGAAAAGACGGUGAAGCAAGUUCAUGCUAGCAUGGGAGAAGUCCGAGUCAGUUAGAAACACCCAAAAAAAAAUGAAAAAAAGUUUGGUUUUCUUUUCAAGAAAGUUUUCUAAAACCAAAAAGGAAACGGUGUUCGUUGGUCUGUCGAAUUUGUCUUUUGCAAAGUUAUUUAAGAAAUUUAUUUUAUAAAUCGCAAAAUUUCAUUCAGAUA